CCACUUUGGGCGGGGGCUAAAUCUCUGGUCGUCGCCGGAACUUUAGCGCACGUUAGCCAAAACAUAGUAUAUUAUAGAAAAGAACGGAAGCAUAGAGAACUUCAUUAAAGUGAAAGCUAAGAAGGCGAGGAGGCGAGGCUCAUACCUCUAUCUCUCUCCCAGUCUCCACCAACACUUUUCUGGUUCUGCUCGUCGACUGGACCUCAGAGAACUCAGGACUAAGCAGUAAGCACUCGACGAGCUGAACCGAUCAGUCUCUGUUUUCGUGAAUCAGCUUGAGCUUGAGCUUCACCAACGCAACGCAACGCAAGUCCUCUUCAUUCUCCUAAUAAUUAGUAUUUAGGUUUUAUCUAAUAAGAGCUGAGGCCAGUCUCCGGUUCCGAUCUGGAUGAAGAAACCCUAUUCUAUCUCUGCCUCUCCAGAUAGCAGAGGGAUAAGAGUUCUCUUAGGCGAGAUGAAUUAGUGGGUUUUCAAGUUUCUCGUGAACCUGAUCUUAAUAAAAUUAUUCUGAUGGGCGCCGACUUUGAUGAGCCAUAGCCUUGCCAACGAGGAGGUUCAUUCUCUGCUACUUUUCUGGGUUAUUAGGUGUAUCAUUUGUUGGCACAGUGUUUGUUCUAUUUUCUUAUGACAUGGGGGUGUCUGUGUUUUAAGUUUACGAUUUCAUGAGAUUAUCCAGUUUGUUUGGAUUCAAUCGUUCAAACUGACUGCAUCGCGAUGGAGGGGAGGGAGGGAAGUCCUCACAGCAAAGAGGGCAACGUUGGUGGCGGGAGUAACAAUAAGAUUCCUUUUCUAGAUCGCAGCAAAGUUAGAAUACUCUUGUGUGAUAACGAUGCUAAGAGCUCAGAUGAAGUUUUCUCACUUCUGUGCAAGUGCUCAUAUCAAGUAACUUCAGUGAGGACGGCUAGGCAGGUGAUUGAUGCACUUAAUGCAGAGGGGCCUGACAUAGAUAUAAUACUUACUGAAGUUGACCUUCCAAUAGCGAAAGGCUUUAAGUUAUUGAAGUACAUUAUGCGUGACAAGGGCUUGCGGCGUAUUCCAAUUAUAAUGAUGUCUGCUCAAGAUGAGGUUUCUGUUGUUGUCAAGUGCCUAAGACUUGGAGCAGCUGACUAUCUUGUGAGGCCAUUACGCACUAAUGAACUAUUGAACCUGUGGACUCACAUGUGGAGAAGAAGGCACAUGCUUGGAUUGGCAGAGAAGAACAUCUUGAAUUAUGAUUUCGAUCUGGUAGGGUCAGACCCCAGUGAUGCGAAUACCAACAGCACACCAAUGUUCUCAGAUGACACUGAUGACAAGUCUAGGAGGAUUGCGCUACCAGAGAUGAGUGUGUCAAAUCAUCAGGAAGAUGAGUGCAAUAUGGAUACCGGUGUAGAGCCUCCACUGAAUAAUUCAUUGGAAUGUCACCCCGAUGUGCCAUUGAUUAGUGACCGGCGAACAGGUCAAAUAGCAUCAUACCCACAGAAGAGCGAACUUAAGGUUGGUGAGUCUUCAGCCUUCUUUACAUAUGUAAAGUCAAGCAUACGGGCAAACAACUCUCAACGGGUUAGCUGUGUAGAUGAAAACACUCUUCGAUUGGAAACUUCUAGCAUAGAAGAGAAACUUCCCCAGUGGUGUAAACGAGUCAGUGAUGAUGCUCCGAGUUGUGAAAAUACGAAGGCAGGGGAAAGCUACACCCAUGGAUAUGACAUUCCAGUCAGCCACAAUGGACCUGAUUCCACUUCUACUGAGAGAUCUUGCACGCCUCCGGUGCCAUGGGAGUUUUUACAACAAAGGAGCUCAAAGGAACAACAAUCCACAACAUUGUUGCAUCCAAGCAAUGGACCCCAAGUUGAUGUAUCGGGUGUACCAACACUUGCUCCUUUGCCAUAUUAUUUUUCAAGUAUGAUGAAUCAAGUUACGAUGCCAUCAUCAGCACAAAUGUAUCAACAGAACCUUCGUGAUAUGCCAAAGCAUACUACUUCUUCUUUGUUGCCUCAGUACAAUCAUCAUUGCCCUCCCCGUUUACCUGUGAUGACAUCAUUCCCCUACUACCCAGUUAGUAUAUGUCUACAACCUGGUCAAAUUCCUGCAACCCAUGUCUGGCCAUCAGGUGGAAGUUCAUCUUCCACUGAAGUGAAAGCAGGUCGAGUUGAAAAAAGAGAGGCAGCACUGAUCAAGUUUAGGCAGAAGAGGAAAGAUCGAUGCUUUGACAAGAAGAUUAGGUAUGUCAACCGAAAACGACUUGCUGAAAAAAGACCUCGUGUGCGGGGACAGUUUGUGAGGCAGGUCAGUGGUGUAGAGUUGGAUCUUAGUGUCCAACCUGUUGUUGUUGAUGAUUCUGAUGAGGAUGGAGAGGAUGAUGAAAAUGAGGACGAACUUGCAUCUAGGGAUUAUUGUCGUGAAGACGAUGCUUAGAGAUAUUAACGUUGACGCUUAUCAAAAGAUUCGUAGUGCUGCAUUUUGAUUGUUGUUGCAGUAAAGUUUUCAUGGUCAGCUUAUAGAUAUGCUAAUUUCUGGCAGUCACUUGCAAUGUACACUUUAAUUAUCUUCUAUGAAAAUAGAGAGAAGUAAUUUGGUGACACUA